UUAUCCGUGUUACCCGAUAUAUUUUAAACUGUGUUUAUUGACAAAAUGUUUCGUUUUGUGAGCAAUAAUUUCACCAAAAAUGAAAAAAAAUACUAUUAAAAUACUACUGUGAAAGGACUAUUAGCCUUAUUCAUUAAAAAUAAAAUAGAUUUAAAGAGCUCUAUAAAGUGACAUUUUCAUACAAAUUUUCGAUUUAUAAAGCAGUUAAAGUCUUCUUUAUUUUUUAUGUAUUUGUGUGUAUGUUUAACUGAAUUCAGUAGUUUACCUAAUACACGAAAUAAGAAAUGUUCAUUUGUUUAAGUGUUAUAUUUAUUUGUUUUUGUAAUAAGAAUAAAUGUCAGCUUUUUAUGAUGUAAAACACUACACAGUGUCGUCAAAAUAUGGAGCAAACACAUACUUAGAAAUGUGUGACUAACUAACUAUGCGACGUCGCAGUGCUUAUGAAACAGAAAACCAGAAUAUACAUAUGACUAAAGUUAUAAAUUGCAUUCAUGUGUUACAAGUGUAGCCUGUCACAAUGAAAGAAGUAAAGCUGAAGCGUUUCUAUUUACACCUGACCCUUUAAACUGGUUUGCACUUCCCUCACGCUCUGUGUGCAUCUCAUUCCCAGUACGUAUAUACUCGUAUGUAUCUAUUCACUACCUAUUUGUGCGAACCCUGGAAUCUGUCAUUGUGUGAAAUUUACUCAAAAUUGUUGACAAUUAAUUACUAUGAAAAAUAAUUCGUCUAUAAUUGGAUCGACAAAUUGCAGCAGCAGCAAUAACAGCAGUAACGGCAGUAACUGUGGCAACAAGCCGAUCAGCACUGCCGCCGCUAAUUUGUAUGUUUCUAGCAUAAAUAGUCUUGGCGGAGAAAAUAGCAGUAGCAACAUCAUCAGAAGUGAAACUAAUAUUGGUAAUAGUUGUCGUGCCAACUGCAGCGACCAAUUAUCGUCAAUAAUUAAGAGCUUUCCCAGCAGUAAUAUCGACAGCAUACCCGUUGUUCGCCUCGGCUUAAAUCUCGGAAUCGGUUCUAGCUACGGAAGAAACAUAAUCACUUCAACGUCGAUUGCGCCAGACGGAGUGGAAGCUCCAAACAGCAAUAAAACACCAUUUUUGCCAACGACGGCAUACAAAUCUUAUCCGGCGAUAAAUUCUGCUUAUUGGCUACCAUCACCAAAUUCAUCACCAUACUCGGUGCCAGGUAUGUUCUUGCGGUUAACUGUUGCUGACAUAGUCGAUAUAUUGGAGAAUGAAGAAGACAUUAUAAAUGCUUCUGUUUACAUUUGCCCUCCUGAAAAUCACAUGCUAAGUGAUGGUGACAGUGACGAAGACGACGCCGAAGCAGGAAACUUUAAUCAUCUCUCUGGAAAUCAGCUACGAGCUGAAGGGCAGUUGCAAAUAGUUAGACAAGGUGGUGGUGGAUUGAAGCAUGCAUUUUUUGGGCGUGAAAAUCAGUCUGAUUCGGACGACAGUGAUGACAAUGUUCCUUUAUCUGAACUAAAAAUUCGGAAUCAAGCCCAA